AUGACCAGCAAAAUAGCAAACUCCAAAUUCCGACGCAUAUCCCUCAACCUGGAAAAGCUGCCGUGCGAGCUGCACGAGCCCGUCCUCGCAGACCUUGAAUUCCACCAGCUAAUCCGGCUCUCAGCGCACGCAGGCCCGCGGCUAGCAUGGUCGCUUCAAAACAGCCUUGCGCCGUGGAGCCCGUGUUUCCGGCAGCAGGGCGACAUGGGGGAAUGGCAAAGACUGUUAAGCGUUAGCGACUCAAUCCGGAAAUUCUGCUUCGCACAGCCCAAGACAAAGGACCAUGUCCCCUGGGUGUUUGAGCACGGCGACCUCGCGUUCCUGGUGUACAAGAAGGCGCAGUGGGCACGCGGCGGGACCACGAGCUUGGUGCCCGAACACACGCUGCGCAAUGGAAAGGCGCUCGCGCGCCACUGGCUCGCGGCGCUCAAUCACAUCGUCGUAGAUGCAACGUGGAGUACACUGCACGACGACUAUGCUCGCACGGUAGAACCGUGGGCUAGCUCCGUUGCCGGCGCAAAAGACGUGUUCAGCAAGAUCCCGGAUAUAGGCAUCAUGACGACGACGACGAGGAGCAACGAGCCCAGUACUACCUUGCGCUCGAAAUACAAACCGCGUGCCUCCAAGGUAGUCAAUGCAAAGACGGUGUUUACCUCGCGCGAACUGGUGCGGUUUGUCGAUUUGUACCAGCAGGUGCGCGUCAAGCGGGCAGAGGCGUUUGCGCAGGAAUUGUAUCGUCUGGCGCAUCUCUACGACGCUCAUGCGGCGCGGCUCAAGAUGCCGUUUGACCCGCGGUUGCACGCCCCAGAUGAUUUGAACGCAGCGCACAUCCCGACCACGAUGCGGUGCCAGGCGCGGCGACUCGUGCGGCUGGCUCAAUGUACGCGCUGGCGCAGGUCAGAUGCGUUCAAGCACCGUUUUGCGUGGCCGGCGCUGAUCCCGUACGAUUGGGGCAUUCAGCUGUUCAAUACUGUUGUGCAGAAGCCUGGCUUCCUGGACCAAGAUGGAGCUGAGGAGGGUCCUGCAGAGCGCGAGGCUGCGACUGUGGCUUUGGUAAAACAGUGUCGUUAUAUCGUUGCAAGCCCGCCGUGCUGGGCGACCGGUGGGCCAAAGACUCAUACGAAUGCGGUUGCGCGUCUGUCGAGCAAAAUGGGUCGCCAGCACUUGGGCGAACAGGCGCCUGAUACCUCCAUUCCCCUUUGCAUACGUGUCGACAAGACGGAUAUAGGGUGGAGGGAACUGGGCAAGUUGCAUGUCGUCCCUCGUGGAGAAGCAGAGUUGCAGUGGUUGCAGACGUUUGCAGAGGUCACGGCAUCCAUGGAGCAGGGGUAUCCCAACUUGCUAUAA